CUCAAUCUCUGUUCAUCAGUAAUCCCUUUCCUCCCAUCAUCGACCAACACGAGAUGAGAGCACGAAUUCUUCCUUUCUUCCUCAAUCAACCAUCAUCCUUAUCUUCUCGUUCAUCUCCCUCUAUAUAUAUACACGAUACAAGUUAUCCUCUCCCUCAAUUCUCAUGGCUCCCUCCACCCUUCUUCUCAUUUUCCUCCUCCUCUUAGAUUUCCUAUACCCAUCCGAAUGUGCUGCAUCGAGAAAGCUCACCGCCGUCUACCAUCCACCUGCCACCGUCCUCACUUUCCACAAUGGGACCCUCCUCGAUGGUCCGAUCCCCGUCUCCAUCCUUUGGUAUGGUCACUUUUCUUCCUCCCAACGUGCCAUCGUCGCUGACUUCCUCCUCUCCAUCACUCCCCCGCACCGCCCCACCACCUUCCCCGUCGCAGCCCACACUAUCUCCCGCUGGUGGCGCACCGUCGACCUUUACCUCCAGAAGGCCGGGAGACGACGAGCUCGCGUCCUCCUCGCCAAUCAGGUCCUCGACGAAGCCUGCUCCCUCGGCCGACGGCUAAGCCGACGCCAACUCACCGACCUUGCCCGUGGCCUGGGCGUCAUGCCGGGCGGCGUCACUCUCGUGCUCACGGCGACGGACGUGGCGGUCGAUGGAUUUUGCUCCUCCGCGUGCGGCCUGCACGGUUCAAUUGGCCAGGAGCCGAACCGAGCCGCCUACAUAUGGGUUGGGGAUUCCGCAACCCAGUGUCCGGGUCAAUGUGCCUGGCCGUUCCACGAGCCUAUUUACGGCCCUACCGGCCCGGUCCUCCGUGCACCCAAUCUAGACGUUGGGCUGGACGGCAUGGUUAUCAACUUGGCUACCCUGCUCGUUGGCGCCGUCACCAACCCAUACGGCGGUGGCUACUUCGAGGGCCAGCCCACAAUGCCGAUCGAGGUCGGGGCCGCCUGUGCAGGUGUGUAUGGCCAGGGAGCGUACCCUGGUUAUGCCGGGAAAUUGAGAAUGGAUAUGAAGACGAGAGGGAGUUAUAAUGUGGAAGGAGAGAAGGGAAGGAAGUAUUUGGUGCCGGCUUUGCUGAACCCUAUUAGUCAUGCUUGCUCGGUCACCGCUUGAUGCUUGAUGCUUGAUUUUGUGUUCAGUUGCGCCAAACUUCUUUGUAUAUAAUAUAAAGAACAUCACGAAUGUUAAUGCUCCAUGAUCCUAUCCGAAAAUAGGAGGGUGAAAAGUUAAUGUGACUGUUGUAUUGAUUGGAUAUAGACCACGUCUUGUUCUACAAAUUAAGGAACGUCAGUGCCGAGCUAGGGAAGGGGAUUCCGACGUUAAUCCUCCGACGCUUAAGUCAGUCAUCGGAACUGUAGAUGAAAGCGGAGCAAUACUAACACAAGCGCAAACAAUAAUAACGCAUACAUCCGCUAAUGUUUGGACUCCCCUUUAUAUAGAGCUCUGGUGGACAAUAUGCACACUCCUCGAGAUGUGGACACGUUCUCUAAUGUGUCCUAUGAAAGGACCUGUCAGGAAAGUGCUUUUGACACCAUAUCUUAACAGGGCCUGCAUAUCCCUGACAAGACAAUAG